UCGGAAUGUCUCACCCUCUCCAUCAGGAACGGGUUUUUUCACCUUUGACAAUAACACGGAAGCAGCGAGCAUUUUUCCUCAUCGGGAUUUCCAGCCCAAUCUCGAGUAUAAAAGAGGCGAAAGAAGCUGAAAUAGACCAGAAACUGAAAGGGAGAGAAAGAGUCAGAGAAAGAGCAGCAUUUCCAGAAGGACAGAGAGAGAGAGAGAGAGAGAGAUGCAAACAGCCAUGAAGCUUCUCUUCAUCGUCUUCCUGACCUUGGGGUUUGGUCAAACUCGGAGAAUGAAGCGUGGAACCCAUCAUUGCUGGUACCCUGGGGAGAUGGAGAGCCAGGCCUCGGGGCUACAGAAGCUGCUGGGCAGGGCCAGCAUGAACCGCUUCCCCUCGGCGACCCUGGUUGAAGAGCUGGAGCAGCAGAAACACAAGUGGGAGAGAGGCUGCCCCAAUCUGCAGCAAUAUUCCUCACACAACAGUGACUUCAGUCAUCGUUCCAUCUCACCCUGGGAAUACAGGAUUGAUUACGAUGAGAAUCGAUACCCCCCAAAACUGGCCUUUGCUCAUUGCCUCUGUGAUGGUUGUAUUGAUGCAGAAACCGGGGAGGAGACACUUGCCUUAAACUCAGUGCCUCUAGAACAGACCAUGUUGGUCGUGCAGCGCCACGCCUGCCCUGGGCACCCCGGGCAGUAUAGCUUCGAUCUGAAGUACAUCAAGGUGCCUGUGGGCUGUACGUGUCUCCUGCCCAGAAACAGCUGGUAACCUCCUGUGGAGCCAUCGGCAGCCCCCUCUGGGAGGGAUAUUCACACAGACUCAGUAUUGUGUUUCUUGUGAAAUACGCUCUGCUUAUUUUAUGGUCAGACAUCCAACCGGACAGAGAGUGUCUGCUUCAGGUCCCGAUCAUCACAGAGACUUGGGACAUUGUUUCCAUGACUGACUCUCCCACUGCUGAGCUUUAAUUCACCCCAAUGUCAUUAUUGGCACUGAGAGCCAGUUAGACUGGACUGAGAGGGACUUAGAGGGAGUUAGUCUGGGCUGAGAAGGAGUUAGUCUGGACUGAGAGAGAAUUAGACUGGACUGAGAGCCAGUUAGACUGGACUGAGAGCCAGUUAGAGGGAGUUAGUCUGGGCUGAGAAGGAGUUAGUCUGGACUGAGAGAGAGUUAGACUGGACUGAGAGGGAGUUAGACUGACUGAGAGCCAGUUAGACUGGUCUGAGAGGGAGUUAGACUGGAGUGAGAGGGAGUUAGAUUGGACUGAGAGAGAGCUAAACCAGACUGAGAGGGUGUUAGACUGGACUGAGAGCCAUUAGACUGGACUGAGAGGGAGUUAGACUGGAUUGAGAAGGAGUUAGAUUGGACUGAGAGAGAGCUAAACCAGACUGAGAGGGUGUUAGACUGGACUGAGAGCCAUUAGACUGGACUGAGAGGGAGUUAGACUGGAUUGAGAAGGAGUUAGAUUGGACUGAGAGAGAGCUAAACCAGACUGAGAGGGAGUUAGACUGGACUGAGAGCCAGUUAGACUGGACUGAGAGCCAGUUAGACUGGACUGAGAGCCAGUCAGAGGGAGUUAGUCUGGGCUGAGAAGGAGUUAGUCUGGACUGAGAGAGAGUUAGACUGGACUGAGAGCCAGUUAGACUGGUCUGGGAGCAAGUUAGACUGGACUGAGAGCCAGUUAGAUUAGACUGGGAGAGAGUUAGCUGGGACUGAGUGAAAGUUAAAUAAAAUAAAAACUAAAAAUACUGUAAAAACUCAUCAGGUCUGGCAGCAUCUGUGGAGAGAGAAACAGAGUUAACAUUUUGAGUCCAUAUGACUCUUCUGAGGGAAAGUUAGACUGGACUGAGGGGGGAGUUGGGCCAGA